CCCAUGAGAGCGAGAGACGACAGGCGGCACGAGUUCGAGACACGAAUCACGACGACUGCCGCUGCCGUCCAGCGCUGGCCCUCCUUUCCCGCCGCGAUCCAACCACCCUCCUUCUAAGAUGCGCCGGCGACCUCACCAUGCGCCAGCUACUCCAACUCCACGCCCACCUCAUCACCUCCCCUCCGCCCCCGGACGCCGUAGACCCCAACGUCGUCGCUGUCAAGCUCAUCUGCGCCGCUGCCGCGCGCUCCAACCCCCGCCAUGCCGCCCUCGUUUUCUCUGCUCUCUCCGCCCCCAACCUCGUCGCCUGGAACUCCCUCCUCCGGGCCCUUUCCCUCCACCACCUCCACCCCGUUGCCCUCCGCCAUUUCCAUCGCCUCCUCGCCGCCGGCUCCCCCCUGCCCGACGAAUUCACGUUCACCUCCGUCCUCAAGGCCUGCGCUGGCCUCCUUUCCAGGUCGGACGGGGAGAUGGCCCACGCCCUCGUCCUGACGCGCGGCUUCGAAUCCAACCUCUUCGUCCGCAACUCUCUCGUUGACAUGUACUUUAAGUUCGGCCGGCCCGACGAUGCACGACGCCUGUUCGAUGAAAUGAUCACGAAGGACGUCGUUUCUUGGAACACUCUGGUCUCUGGGUAUUGCUCUUGUGGUGACAUCUCCAUGGCGCGGAAGGUGUUUGAUCGGAUGCCUGAGAGGAGCAUGGUCUCCUGGUCUGCGAUGAUUGCAGGCCAUGCUCGGUCUGGCGACUUGGGCGCUGCUCGUGAGGUCUUUGAUCGAGCAAAUGAGAAGAGUGUUGGUUGCUGGAAUGCCAUGAUCUCGGGGUACGCUCAGAACGAGAAGUUCUCAGAGGCCAUUGCACUGUUCCGCAGGAUGCUGCAAAUCCCGAUGGUGCAGCCCAAUGAAGUUACACUUGUGUGUGUACUAUCAGCCUGUGCCCACCUAGGUGCCCUUGAUUUAGGAAGGUGGAUCGAUGGAUUCAUCAAGAGGAGAGCCAUGGGAUUGAGCCUCUUCUUGGGGAAUGCACUAUCGGACAUGUAUGCCAAGUGCGGGUGUGUAGCCGAGGCAAGAUCAGUGUUCGACAAAAUGGCAGAGAGGGAUGUGGUGUCAUGGAGUAUAAUUAUCACUGCAUCGGCCAUGCAUGGCCAUGCCGAGGAUGCAAUAUCUGGUUUCCACAGAAUGUUAGAGAGUGGCGUGAAGCCAAAUGACAUCACAUUCAUGGGAAUUUUAUCUGCUUGCACUCAUGGUGGCCUAGUGGAUGCAGGGCUUUGUUAUUUUGACAUGAUGACUGAGGAGUUUGAGAUCAUCCCAAAGGUUGAACACUAUGGCUGUGUGGUGGAUCUUCUCAGCCGCGCUGGAAGGCUUGAUGAAGCUGAGGACUUGAUAAAUUCAAUGCAGGUGGCACCCAAUGUCAUCGUCUGGGGUGCUCUGCUGGGUGGUUGCAGGAUCUACAAGGACAUAAACCGAGGGGAACGAGUAGUUCAACACAUACUGGAGUUAGACCCUGGGCACUCGGGCAGCUAUGUGUAUCUAGCAAACGUGUAUGUUUCGAUGGGAAGGUUGGAAGAUGCAGCGAAGUUUAGAUUAAUGAUGCGAGAGAAGAGGGUGGUGAAGACACCUGGUUGCAGUUGGAUUGAGGUAGACAACAUGGUACAUGAGUUCUUCAUGGGCGAUCGUUCGCAUCCACAAUCUGAAAAGAUAUAUUCAAUGAUCAGUACAUUGAGCUUAAGAAUGAAGCUCGCAGGAUAUGUCCCCAUCACAUCCUUGGUUUCACAAAGCAUAGAUGAGGAGGAAAAGGAGAAUGUGCUGUCGAUGCACAGCGAGAAGUUAGCUGUAGCUUUUGGGCUCAUCAGCACAAAGGAUGGUACCACAAUUCGAGUUGUGAAGAAUUUGCGGGUUUGUAAUGAUUGCCAUGAAGCCAUGAAGGUCAUCUCAAGAAUUGUCUCACGGGAGAUUGUUCUGCGUGAUCGAAGUCGGUUCCACCAUUUCAAGGAGGGUCAAUGUUCUUGUAAAGACUACUGGUAGUGAUCCUUAAAGAUGGGGCAACAAUUUUCCACUUUGAAAGAGGGAAGUCAAUUGCUGUGCCAGGAAGUUAAAGAUUGUUCCAAAUUUUGAUACCUACAGAUGUCUGCAAAGCCACAUUUCAUGUAUUGAUGAAAGUGAUUACUGACUUGAUGAAGGGAGUGCCAAUACGGUUGAAGGAUCUUUGAGAACAGCCAUGGAAUGCCUGGAGUUAGAUCCUGGACAUUAGGGCAGCUAUUUAUUGCUGGCACAAGUGUGACUUGGGUGUAUACUUAAUGCAAGCGGAAAGAGUCACCAUGAUACCUCCUGGUCGCAAUUAGAUCAAGUUAAGAUAAAUGCGCCACAUGAAUUUGUACAGGGAUAUAUUUAUAUCUCGUGAAAAAUGAUUAGUUCCCAAUAUGUUGGAAGUUCCUCAAAGCAUAGGCAAGGGUAAAAAAAGGAGUAUGCUCGAUUUGGCUGUGGUGAGAAGAUAGUGUGGAGUUCUGGCUCAUCAGCAUGACUGCUGAGAGAUGGCUACCGAAUUGAAACAUGAAAGAUGUGUCAAUUUGUAGUAAUGACUUUGAAGGUUGACUCAGAAAUUAGUCUAAUUGGAGCCUUUUGGUUGAGAUCAGCUUUCAGCAUCCAAAGGAGAGGGAAUCAUCCUGCAAAACGUUACUGGUAAUAAUUUUAAAGAUGGAUCAUCUGUUCUACCAUCAGAAAAAAGCAGAGGAACUUCUGUUAUUGUAGAAGGUGUUUAACCUCUGAAGUUACACAUCCAUCAGGCAGUUUGGCACAUCUUUACUGCUGCUCCUACGACACAGCAAUGAACUUAGUGCUCGAUUUUGUGAUGAGAAGAUGGUGUAGAUUUCCGGCUCAUCAGCAUGAUUGCUGAGAGAUGGUAACAGAGUUGAAACGUGAAAGAUGUGUCAAGUUGUAGUAAUCACUUUGAAGGUUGACUCGAAAUUAAUCUAAUUGGAGCUUUUUGGUUGAGAUAAGCUUUCAGCAUCCGAGGGAGAGCGAAUCAUCCUGCAAAACAUUACUGGUAAUAAUUUUAAAGAUGGAUCAUCUGUUCUAUCAUCAGAAAAAGCAGGAACUUCUGUUAUUGAGAAGAUGUUUAACCUCUGAAGUUACACAUCAAUCAGGCAGUUUGGCACAUCUUUACUGCUGCUCCUACGACACAGCAAUGAUCUUAGUGGUGGUAUCUUCGGCCUCUGUUCACAUCACGCAUGGAAGAGCCAUGACCAGACUGGAAUAUUAACUUAAACUUUAUGAUUAUUAGUAUUUUAAUUUAAAGUUUUAGUCAAGAUAGGUAUUAUUAUCAUAAUUGAAGUCAUAACUUCGUGACCAGAGAUUGUAAUAUGAGCCUUUAGUUUUCAAAUUUUUUAUUUUUCCUCUAUAAUUUCUUGAUCUUCAUGAACUUUUCAAGAAAAUUUGACCAGAGAUGGUAAUAUGAGCCUUUAGUUUUCAAA